AUGGCGGCGGGCGCGGUGCUGUGCGUGGCGGCCGCGCUCGGGCCGUGCCUGGCGGCCCCGCCGUACCGCCCGGACUGGCGCAGCCUGGACGCGCGCCCGCUGCCGGCCUGGUUCGACCGCGCCAAGGUCGGCGUGUUCGUGCACUGGGGGGUGUUCUCGGUGCCCGCCUGGGGCUCCGAGUGGUUCUGGUGGCACUGGCAGGGCGAGCGCAAUGCCGCCUACGAGCGCUUCAUGCGGACCCGGUUCCCGCCCGGCACCUCUUACGCCGAGUUCGCCCCCCAUUUCACGGCCUACGACUUCCAGCCCCGGCAGUGGGCAGAGCUCUUCUGGCGGGCAGGGGCCAGGUACGUGGUCCUGACCACAAAGCACCAUGAAGGCUUCACCAACUGGGGGUCGCCCAGGUCAUGGAACUGGAAUUCUGUGGAUGUAGGGCCCCACCGGGACCUCGUAGGAGAGCUGGGAGAAGCCCUCAGGGAGAGGAAGCUACGCUAUGGGCUGUAUCACUCCCUCAUGGAGUGGUUUAACCCACUCUAUCUUGCUGACAAAAAAAAUGGCUUUAAGACCCAGAACUUCGUUAUAAAGAAGAUGAUGCCAGAACUUUAUGAUCUCGUGUUAAAAUACAAACCAGAUUUGAUUUGGUCGGAUGGAGACUGGGAAGCUCCAGAUUCAUACUGGAAUUCCACCUCUUUCCUUGCCUGGCUCUAUAACAACAGUCCCGUCAAGGACACCGUCGUCGUUAACGACCGGUGGUGUCGCGGCUGCUCGUGCCGGCACGGAGGGUUCUACAACUGUGCUGACAAAUACAAGCCAGGCACUCUGCCAGAUCACAAGUGGGAGAUGUGCUCCUCCAUUGACAAGCUGUCCUGGGGCUACCGGAGCAACAUGAGCAUCGCUGAGGUCAUGGAUGAAGCAAGUAUCAUUGAGGAGCUGGUGCAGACUGUGAGCUUGGGAGGCAACUACCUUCUCAACGUGGGACCUACCAAAGAAGGGGUGAUUGUUCCCAUCUUCCAAGAAAGACUCCUGGCCCUUGGGAGGUGGCUGGACAUCAAUGGGGAGGCAAUUUAUGAAUCCCGGCCUUGGAGAGUGCAGAUGGAGAACAGCACAGACACAGUCUGGUACACCUCCAAGGGGCCGGUUGUCUACGCCAUCUUCCUGCUCUGGCCUCGGGACAGCGUUUUGAAGCUCUGCUCGCCCAUUCCAUGCCCAGCCACACAAGUGACCAUGCUGGGAUAUGCAGGGACUCUGAAGUGGCAGGAAGAAACCCCAGGGAAAGGGCUGCUCAUCACCCUGCCCUACAUGCUCCCAUCUCCUCUCCCCCCUCAGUCUGGCUGGGCCGUGAAGCUCGAGGGUGUGUUGUGACAGCUGUGGGAUGGGCACAGCAUCUCCCAGUGCCUGUCUUUUUGACUGAAUCCAAGAGGAUUUUUCAUUUAUUGUUGAAUAAAUAAUGUUUCACUUAAAAGAAGGUCUCCUCUA